CGCACACACAGCCUAGCCACCUAUCUAUAUAAAUACCUUCAACGUUUUUAGCAGAGCCUUCGUCAUCGGAGGAGCCUCUCAUACCUAUAUUUUCUCCUCAUUCUCAUUGUCUCGAUCGUGUUCUCUGUAUCUCCAAGCAAACCGAACAAAAUGGCCAACGCAGCCUCGGGUAUAGCUGUGCAUGAUGACUGCAAGUUGAGGUUUCUUGAACUUAAGGCGAAAAGGACCUAUCGCUUCAUAGUUUUCAAGAUUGAGGAGAAGCAGAAGCAAGUUAUUGUGGAGAAGGUUGGUGAGCCAACCCAAGGUUACGAGGAUUUCACUGCAAGCCUUCCAGCUGACGAGUGCCGUUAUGCUGUAUAUGAUUUUGACUUUGUCACGGAAGAGAAUUGCCAAAAGAGCAGGAUUUUCUUUGUUGCUUGGUCUCCGGACACAUCAAGGGUUAGAAGCAAGAUGAUUUAUGCAAGCUCCAAAGAUAGAUUUAAGAGAGAGCUUGAUGGAAUUCAGGUUGAGUUGCAAGCAACUGAUCCAACUGAGAUUGGUCUUGAUGUCAUUAAGAGCCGUGCCAGCUGAAUACAAAUUGUAGGCCUUGCAACAGGGAGUUCCUCCUUUCAGCCCUUCUUUACUUAAGUGAAGUGUCUAUAGUUUGUGGGAUGGUGGACUUGGCUAAUUACGGGUAUAAAUUUCCAAGUUUUGCCCUGGAGUUUUUUUUUAUCAAUCCUGGACAAGCAUCUUUGCUUUCCAGUAUAUCAAUGUGAUCUGUUAUCUCU